AUGAGUGACCAAAAGGCUCGCGAGAGCUUCGCGUCCAUCCUCAGCUACUACCGCCACAAUCGCGAGUCGUUGGAAAGGGUCCCAAACUGGGUUGAUGACCCUGACAGUCAGAGUAUCGUCAUUGGCUUUCUUAGGGACGCACCGACCGACGAACAAGUCGAACAGGCUAAGGAGGAACUAAAAGCUUUAAUGGCCAUAGAGGAAAUUAAGGAAACGUUGUCUAAAACGGAGAAGGAUUUGUUGACGGCGGCUUCUCUUUCUAGCCGUGCAAAACGACUGCAGAACAAGAAGGACAAAUAA